AUGGUCAGUGAUGCUACCGUCGAACAAAUCACUGGAUAUCACUUUCACGACAUUGACCUGAUGCACGAGGCUAUAACAGCGGCUGGUAUGGGAUCGGAUGGCAACAAACGUUUGGCUCUUGUCGGUGACGCCCUUAUCCGCUUGGUCACCAUAGAUGACUGGUAUCCGAGUGGCAAGAGUCCAGCCGACGGACAGAAGAGCUUCACAGAGAUCGGGACCAAUGAGGUGCUCUCUUUGCAUGGACGCGAACAAGGUGUAGCGGACAUCAUUGUUCACAAUCCCUGUCAUGGACGUUCUAUUCCGAAGACGACCUUGGCAUCGAGUAUGGAAGCUAUCGUUGGAGCGGUGUGGGUUGACAGUGGUAAAAGUCUGGUGGACGUGCGCAGAGUCAUGCAAAAUCUUCAUAUCCUUCAGGACUGA